GACUUUUCAUGUUGCAUAAAAAAAUUCACCCACUACUAAUUGUAACUUCUAUCAACCCAAAGUCUACUUCUCAUGAUCUCAAGAUGAAAUAUCUUUCACUAGGCUUUAAAACCUAUUGAAAAACCACACCCCGGCUCACUAUAUUUUCAGAGGUUGCACUGCACACAUGCACUGCCACACUAGAUCCAACAACCAUCAGGGAUACCCAGCAAACUGAUUAAAAUUACAGCUUACGACGCAGUUUGCACCAGGCAUUUAUAUUCCACUCUUUUAGCGUUCCUUGUUCCAAUUUUCUCAAUUUGUUCCUGUCUCAUUAAUCCCCACCAUCUCUUAUACUACCAUUACCUGGGGUUAACAUCUCAUGCAUCAUGGCUCCCGAGAACUUCCUCCGCCCACUCGGCAAGUACGAGACAAUAUCGUCAAGCCGCCAUAGCCUGGGUUUCUACCGCCGCGUGAUCAACACGUGCCGAUACGAGCAGGCACCGAAGUCGGGCAACGACAGCAGGCAGCCUCUGCAGCAAGUCAUCGAGGCGGCUCUGGCCCGCGUGGUCCUCGAGCUGCCGAGUCUGCGCAUCGCAAUCGCAGACGAGUCGUCCCCGAACCCCAGCUUCGUCGCCGUCCCGUCCAUCGACAUCAGGGGUAACCAUCUCGAGUUCGUCUCGCUGGACCAUGGCGAGAAUGAUGACGAGAGCGGCGGCGGCGGCGGCGAUGACCCUGCCCUGAUGCAGUUCCUCCAGGAUGAGCACGGCAAGCUCUGGCCCAACGUCUCGUCCCAACCGCCGUGGAAACUCACCGUCGUUCAACGUGCAGGCUCGCCGCUCCUGGAUGUGGUCUUUGCCGUACACCACAGCAUAACCGACGGCGGAGGCACCGCUCGCUUCCACGCCUUCCUCCUCCGCUCCCUGCAGCUCCCACCCCCACCUGAGCUGUCGACCGAGAGCGGCGUCCUGGACUGCUCCGCCCACCGGCCCAACCUAGCUCCGGAAAUGAACCAGCUCGUCAAGCUCGACGUGUCGUGGCUCUACCUGGCCAAGGAGGUCGUCAAAGACAUGGCUCCCGCGUGGCUGUCCGGAACCGCCCCGCCCUGGGCAGGCGCUCCACCGGCUCCCGAGCCGUACCAAACCCACCUGCGGCUCGUGAGCAUCACGCCCGAGCUAGCAAGGGCCCUGAGGUCAGCCUGCAGGGCACACCAGACGACGCUGACGCCGCUUCUGCACGCCCUCGUCCUCGUGAGCCUGUGCCGCGUCCUGCCGGACGGGGACAAGACCGCCUCGGGCCUCAGCUUCGCAGCCGACACCCCCAUCAGCCUGCGCCCUUAUAUGACCCGGCCCGUGGCCGCGGGGGUGGACGAGUCGGCCCUGUUGGUGCCCAUGGUGACGACGCACCGACACUUGUUCUCCGGCCCGACCGUGUCCAGUGUCCUCGCCAGCGCAGACGAGGACGAGCUGGUCUGGUCCGUCGCCGCCGAGAUCAAGUCGACCCUCGCGCAGAAGCAGGCCACCCUUCCCAGAGACGACAUCGCCGGCCUGCUUCCUUACUCGGGGGACUGGCGGACGCGCUGGCUCGCCGCAGCCGCGAGGCCGCGGUCCGGCACCUGGGAGAUCUCGAACGUGGGCAUCGUGCCGCAGCCCAUUGGGUCAAACGGGUUCGCGCCCGAGCAUGAGCAGCAGCAGCAGCAGCAGCCGUCGUGGCGCAUUACACGCACCAUAUUCUCACAGGGCACCGACGUCUGCGGCGACGCCUUUGCGCUCAGCGUGGCGGGCGCCAGGGAGAGUGGUACCAUCUGCGUCUCGAUCAACUGGCAGGAGGGUAUUCUGGAUGCCGGCUUGAUGGACCUGUUUACUCGCGAGUUCAAGGCGAUGGUGGAACGGACGGGACGCCACGCUGCAAGAGACACAUAAGAAGAGGAAGCGGGAUAAAACCCGAUUGGGAAAUGUGGUUAUUCUUUUUUUCUUCUUUGGUUUUGGGACUUAUUAUUCACUUGAUUAUCUUACCAAUAUCCUCCCUUGGUAUCGUAUCAUCAAUUUGUAGCCUAUUUUGAGACUGCAUAUGCCUCGUGGUCGAGAUAAUAAUCCUGAUCUUCUCAUACGUUGGCUAGUUCAGGGCGCAAGCAGUUGCCACCAUCGACAUAAAAAGAAGCUACACCGGGUAUAUUGCUAAGACAUCACAACACCAAAG